UUGCCGUAUCGCGGCCAUGCGCUUGCCCAUUCGAAUUAAACAAUACAUUUCUGGACAAUUGAAGCAUUUCUCCUAUUAAAUGGAUGAUCCAUCCACCACUCUCUUGCCCGGCGAAUCCGAAGAUCUGCGGGAGGCGCGCAAUACCGAACUGAAGAAGGUGCUCAAGUUGAAAUUAGUGCUGGACGAGCUGCGUCGCCUGGAUUUGGGGCCAAAUCAGAGUGCGGAAAUCAAAAGAACGCUUAAAUUGGUUUCCAUUGGGAACUAUGUGCGAUUAGGCGAGAAUGAAGGCAGUGGUCAGGAGCAAGUGCUGGGUCUGCCGAAUGCCAGCAGUUAUCCGCCCUUGAGCUAUACGGAUCGCAAGACGGUGCGCAACAAACUAUCCGCCCAACUACGGGCCACUCUACAACCCAUUGCAGAACUGGGUGACAGGAUGCGCGAGGAGUUUCCGGAUGCCUUUAACCAGGGGGAGGAUUUGAGUGCCGACCAGAAAGAAAUCUUGCGGCUAGAGGAGGAGCAUCGCAGCGGUCUGGAGCAGCUGGUGGCGCUUCUGGGGCGCAAGUGCUCGCUUCUUAACGACACCGCCGAACUGAAAUUGGGUCCGCAAUUGGCCAACGAACUGAAAUUGCAGGAGGCGCAGGCGCAACUUGUUCAAACAAAAGCGGAACUCCUGCGGGAUUUCUUUGUCCAAGAGGCCACUUCCCGCACUGAAAACAGUGUUAAGGCGCACAAGGAAGUGGAAGCGCACCUGGACGAGCUUAUCGCCGCCAAAAAUCCGACCCCCAAGAAGUAGAUAAAGCAAUUUAUAACUAUGUGAAUUAGAUUUAAAUACAUUAGAUUUGUUAGUAAAA